GUGCCAUAUAAUUCUAGACGCAACCUAUUACUUCUUUAAUUGUGUUCUAUUGCAGUUCACUCCGUCUAUUGUUCCUUGGUUGCGAUGCCCAUUUGAAGAAGAUGGCACAAUACGAUGGCAGCUGCAACGCGACGCACGCUGCGUGCGCUGCAAGCUCAUAUCUUCGAGGCCGGCCAUUGCCAUGUCUGUCCUCUACUGCGUCUGAGCUCUUUCUCAGGAAACGUCGAAGAGCCCUCCAGAAGUCGACUUCUCCGGAGACCAACCUCAAGCGUGUCACCUUAACACACUCACUUACACCUUCACGGCUCUCUCUCAACCGGAUCACUCCGAGAUGCUUGCCGGGGAAACCCAGGGGCAGCCAGGUGAAACCAGUUACAACAGCAAGAUCAGCGCGCUAUCCAAAUAUUCUCUCGCCGUCGUCAAGCAGAAAACUCCUCGUCCGCCAUCUCACCAACACACUCAUCCACCACCGCCUCCGUCGCGCCGACCCGCUCGCGAUUGGCAAAUUGGAAAAGCUGUACAGGCGUCAUCGCAACCCCGAGCGCGCUCUUGAUCUGUUUCUGCUCCGAAGACUCCUGUGGAGAAGCUCGCGACGGCCAGGUCUCACCAUGGAGUUCAUUGACUUGAUUCGCCGCAUCCAGGCCGACGAGGAAUCUUCCGACGAGGAGGCUGGUCUCGUCCUCACCGCGGCCAGCACCGCGGCCGGCACCGCGAAUCACCGCCGUCGGGCUUCCCCGCCCGACACGGAUGCCGUCGCCGGCCCUAGCCACCUGGCUGGCAAGGCCAAGUUCGCCAGCGGCGGAGGGGAGCGGAACUCGGUCGCGGACGGCGCCCCGGUGGCCGAGGUGAACGGCGUGGUCCAGGCAGACCAAACCAAAAAUGCCCAGAAGCGCACCCUAGACAGCGAGAAGGCUGGGGACGAGACGGAGCAGCAGCGGGCCACCAAAAGUGUCAAGCUCGAGAACGGCAGAACCGUGAAUGGGGACACCAGUGGGGUGAAGAAGGUGCAGGUGCCGGUCUCCGUCGCCGCCGAGAGCAGCAAGACUGUUGCGACUGUUCCGGCUGCUCGAAAGCCCGUCCACCAAAUGGAAUACUUCGAGCGGCGUGUCUAUGACAUGCUCAGCGACCCGCUCGGCUUCGACGACUGCGUCUACGACGCUAACGAGCAGAUGCGCCGUCAUGCGGCGAGAAAGCUUGCGCGGCACCACCGCCGCCGUCAAAAUCGGCCCGCGCCUCCUCUGGAAAUGAGCGGGGCACUCGGCCCCGUUCACAACCUGACGCCGGCCGCGGCCAAGGCUAAGCCGGCUCAAAGCCUAGCGAAGAUGGCCCAGAAGCAAGCCCAUCAGCGGAAGGUGGCAGAGCAGGUGCAGGCUCUCAAGGGGAAGGGUGGAGCGUCAACCAAGGCGGGUGGCAUGGGCAAGGGGAAAGCCUUGGAGUCGAUACGCUCUCAGCAGGGAAGUGUAAAAGAGCAGGGUGGUCAGCAACGCCCAUCUCCCACAAAGCAAUACAGCCAGUUGAAGUAGAUUGAGGUCUGCCUCCCGUGACCGGUCUCAUUGCUGGUGUAACCUCAACCGCCCGCGUGUCGAAUCUCAAAGCUCAGCAUGGCUCUUCCUCAGUCACACACAUGAUACUCCUUUGCCUUGUCCCAGGAAUUGCCGAUGCUCCUGAAUUCGUAGUCUCAACCCUCAGCCGUGUGCUGGUAC